AAAAAAAAAAAAAAAAAUCUCGAAGGGUUUCCAGUUUCCACUUUCAGCUUCCUUUGACGACUCUGCAACUCUCCCUUCCCUUGCCUUCCCUUCCACUAUGCUUUCUUUUCCCAUUGAACCCCAUUUUCUCUCCGGUGUUUCUCCUCAACUCUUCCUCCUCCUCCUUUUCUCUUUCUUCCCUAGCUAGCUUUUCAAUGUUCAGCUUCUGAAAGCCAGGGAACAAAAACUGGUUCUUUUUUUUUAUUAUUAUUUUUUUUCCACGUUCAACUGGGGCAUACUAUUCUUUUCUCUAUUCAACUCCCAAACCAUUUGGAUUUGCUAAUUUCUUCUUAGCUCUGUCCCUAUUGUUGUUAACCCUGACGCUUACUUCAUUUUGUUGAUGAUUUUUUUUUUUUUUUACUUAGGUAGGAGAAAUGAAAAGUUAGGUGGCGUUUUGAACUGUUAUCUUACUUAGGUUUCUGCCGUUCGUUCAGAUCUUUUGAGCCAUGGGCUUUUGUGGGUCGUCCUCAGUUUUGCCCCAAAUACCCUGCUUUUUUGUCUGCUUUGAGUUUCUUUGACUUUCGGCUGGAAUUUCGGAAAAGCCCUUUUGAGUGAACUUAGUUUGAGCACUCAAUCGGCAAGAUUGUAACCUUUUGUCCUUCAGUUCUUGCAAAGAUUGCAGCUUUAGCUUUUGGGGACGGCUAGUUUUCUUUGGUCAACACCCUUUGACAGAUUUCUUUUGUAGGGCAGCUUAAGUUUUGCAAAUUUGGGAUUUUUUAGGACUUCGACGGUUCGUUUAGCUCCCUAGGUUAGGUUUAGUAUUAUUUGAAUUAUGGCUGCAAGUGAUCAGUGUUUUGUAGAGUGGAAAGAACAAUUUGUUUCAAAAGAGAGGGGUAACCGGGUGGUUCACUAUUUCUUGAAGGAUUCAUCAGGGGAAUCCAUUCUUGCUGUUGUGGGUACUGAGAGAAGUGUUAGGCACAUGUUCUAUGUUGUUUCUGAGGAGUUUUUGAAUGCUUAUGGGGCUGAGAAUUCUGUCCAUGCUGGCUUCAGAUGGAGAUCAAGGAGAGAGGUCGUAAAUUGGCUCACAUCUAUGCUUUCAAAACAGCAUAGACAAAGCGAUUGCUCAAGAUCACCAAAAGAUGAUCCAAUUUUUGCCGUCAACAUUAGACAGCCACAAAUUCGAGAACCUAAGGGCCGUCUUGCAAGGAAUUUAAGAGGAAAUCCCUCGGAUAUAGUUUGGUCUGAUGAAGCAUGGGCAUGUGGUAAACAACUUAAGCACUUCCCAGCAUUUUGCAGAAAUGGGGUUACUAUAGCGGUUCAAUCAUUUGUAUAUGUCAUGGCUGAAAAGGAGAACAGGUAUCUUGCAUAUUUGGAAGAUAUGUAUGAAGACAGAAAGGGCCACAAAAAGGUAAAAGUGAGAUGGUUUCACCAUAAUCGAGAAGUAAGGGGUGUUGUUUCUUUACGGAACCCGCAUCCUAAAGAAGUAUUUAUUACACCUUAUGCUCAAGUUAUCAGUGCGGAGUGUGUUGAUGGUCCUGCAAUAGUUUUGACUCGUGAACAUUAUGAGAAGUGCAUAGCUGUUUUCCCAAAUGAUGUGUUUGCUCGAGCACAUUUUUGUUUUAGACAAUUCAAGAGCAAUCGAGUCAAACCAUUCAAGCUAAGUAAAUUGGGUGGAUAUUUUAAUCAACCAAUUUUCUCAUGCUUUAGCCGUGAUUUCUUUGAAGAUGAAGAAUUUAGCUCUGGGGAUGAGGUAAAAGUGGGUGUUAAAAGGACGAAGAGAGGUAGAGAACCUCAACAUGUGACAAACAAAUUUUCCUCUCAUAAAUUGAAGUAUGGUCUGCUAAAUGGGGGGCCGAACUUGCAAAAACAUGUUGAAGGUCAAUUUUGGCAGACUCCAAUGUUUAAUGUCAAUGAUAAGAUUGAAUUUUUGUGCCAAGAUAGUGGCAUCAGGGGCUGCUGGUUCAGGUGCACUGUAUUGGAGAUCUCAAGAAGACAGAUGAGAAUCCAAUAUGAUGACAUUGAGGAUGAAGAUGGCUGUGGAUAUCUUGAGGAAUGGAUCCCGGCAUUUAGACUGGCAACUCCUGAUAAAUUUGGAAUGAGAUACCCAGGCCGACCAACUAUUAGGCCUGCUGUCACUUCUAAUCAAAUGGAUGAUGUCUUCAAGGUUGGAGCUCCUGUUGAUGCCUGGUGGAGUGAUGGCUGGUGGGAGGGAGUAGUCACUGGAAAUUACAACUCUGGCAAAGGCAGUUAUCAAGUUUAUAUUCCCAGUGAAAACUUGGUUUUGAAUAUAGACAAAAAGAAGCUAAGAAUAUCAAGAGACUGGGUGGGAGAUCAGUGGAUGGAUGUUGAGGGAAACCCUGAUAUUCUCUCAAUCAUAUCUGCAGCUAUUAGUUUAGAUAGUAAGCAUUCUGUUUCAUCAGCCAUUACCAAGGAGGUCAAAUCCGAUGGGUCUCCUGUUUCAUGCCUUAAGGCUCCAACUGACAUCAAACUUGACGUUGUCCAUGAGACCCCGAAUGGUGCGUGUGCCGAUAGCGAUCAGCAGCAAGUGUUUGAUUGUGAAGAUAGGGAACAUUGUGGUAAACAAGUUGAUGACAGUGAUGUAAGGGACAAUGCCGAAUCUCACCUUGCUGAUAACAGUUCUGUUAUGGCCAAUUCACAGAAUAGUGAUGAUGACAAUGAGGGAAGCCAUGACGACAAGUUAGCAGAAAUUGGGACUGGUGGGCGGCAAUGUGAAGCUGAAAGAGCGGAAGCGGCUGAGUAAGAUGCUGUCAGAAUGUCUUUUAACAGUUGUAUUAACUGUUGGAUGCGGUGAUGAUUGUUAAAAGUACUAGGUUAGAUGUAAAUAGAUAGAGGACUAGGAAAUUGCGUUGCUUUGACGGGGAGGAUUCGGGAGCCUGUAGCAAGGGAAAAGCUUUGGUGGUAUGGGAACACCAGUAUAUGAUGGAUAGGGAACACAAGUCUGGUGAUAUGGGUUUGGACCACCUCUUCCUCUGUUGGCUACUCUUCGUAGUCUUUAUUGUGUUUGUGUUCUUGCUUAUCACUUGUAUUUAAUCCCAUUGUAACGUUCAAAUUCAAA